UUCACAUCUCAAAGUUCAUCGCUACGCUUCAUCAUCAGUUUGAAGAAAAUUUUACAAAAACCAGAAGUACGACGAGUUAUCGUGUGAUUUAAAAAAAGAAAUUAAUUAUACUUUAAAAAAUCCAAAAGGAAAUAAAAAUGAAAUUCCAAUAUAAAGAAGAACACCCAUUCGAGAAGAGGCGGGCUGAAGGUGACAAAAUCCGCAGAAAAUAUCCAGAUCGAGUUCCCGUCAUAGUAGAGAAGGCACCAAAAGCCCGCAUUGGCGAUCUUGACAAGAAGAAGUACUUGGUCCCAUCUGAUUUGACUGUAGGACAAUUUUACUUUUUAAUCCGCAAACGAAUUCAUCUCCGCCCAGAAGAUGCUCUCUUCUUCUUUGUGAACAAUGUAAUUCCACCAACAUCAGCCACAAUGGGCUCCCUUUACCAGGAACACCAUGAAGAAGACUAUUUCUUGUACAUUGCAUACUCAGAUGAGAAUGUCUAUGGCAAAAACUAAGUAAAGAAUCACAGGGUUUGGCUGUCGAAAGGAUUUAUUUGAUAAAACAAAGUUGGAUUCUUUGGAGGCGCAGCAAAGAUGAAGAAAAAAAAAACUUAAAUCUAUCAACAUAAAAAAAAUAAAAUUGGAAAUGAAAAGAUCAACUAUAUAUAAAAAAUAAAUAUAUAAUUACAAACAAAACAACAAAAAAGAAAAAAAAAAAACAAAAAAUAUAGAUACAAAUAUUUAGCUUUAUAACUCUCAUUUUAUUUUAUUCUUUUUUUUGUUCAUUUUACACCUUGAAUUCCCCUUUUUUGAUCAAAAUUUUAUUUUAAUUUUUGUGUGCAAUUGGGGUGAUUUCUUUAAAAAGACCCACAUAGUAUCGCAAAUUGGCAGAUUUUUUUAUGUGCGCGUUCUAUGGUAAUUAACGUCACGAAAUAAUGCUUUUUCUCUUAAUGAUGAGAGAAUUAAGCAUUAAAGUCCUGUUUUCUUUUUAUUAAAUUUACUUACUGACAAAGCAAAAUAAAAAA